AUGCAAGUGCCUGAAAGAGAGAUCGAAGGGGUUGGUGUGAAGCCUUCCAGGGAAGUUGCACUACUUUUGAAGAAAUCUCUCUACGGCCUAAAACAAGCUGGACGACUUUGGAGCAAACUUCUGCAUCAAAAGCUAAUCGAGGAGGGUUUCAAGCAGUGCACAACGGAUGUGUGCUUGUACGACAAGCAGGAAGGUGACAGUUGGACCGUGGUAGGAAACGCUAUCGAUCAAGGCCCUAAGCGUUGUGAAAAAGUUUUUGAGACUCUGGAUCUCGUUGAAUGA